AAAUGAGUUCUGCAAGUGAGGCAGUGUGUGUAAUCCUCAUUUCCCCUUUUAAACUCUCAAAAGAAAAGAAAUAAUAAAAUACAAAAAAAAUGGACCUUUUCUUACAGCCAGAGGAUAUGUCUUCGCCACCUUCCACUCCACCUUAUAGACCACUUCAAAGACAACGGUCUUCAUACAUUGUCGAUUCAGGAGGAAACAAUGAAUCCAUCUUGGAUAAAGUUCGUUUAGAUUACAUGAGUAAAGUAAAAAGCACCUUCCAACAUUUGACUUUUCAGCAACGACACCUGUUUCUGACAGAAAUACUGGGGUGCUGCGAUAACCAACUGUUGCAAUAUAUCUAUACAUUUAUUACACCAAAGCUAAAAAUCGAUUUUUUAAAAGAAUUGCCUAUUGAACUAUCACUUUAUGUACUAUCGUUUAUCGAUGACCCACGUACUUUGGCAAGAGCAUCUCAUGUCUCCAGUCAUUGGAAUAGUUUAUUAAAAGACGAAGGAGCUUGGAAAGCCUUAUGCUUGAAACAUCAUUAUCGACAAAAUAUCAAUGCAAACAGAUACCAUCACCGGCAUACAAUUUCUUACCGCGAUUUCUUUCGCCGCGAGUAUAAUAUCGACACCGCUUGGAAUCAGGGCGGUAAAAUUACAAUGUGUGAUAAUCAAAUUGGUGAUGGUUUAGCAACUUCCUUGCAGAUGGAUGAUACUUUCAUUGUUAUUGGUUGUGAUAACAAUCAUAUUGAAGUAUUUGAUUCAAAAAGCGGGAAAUAUAUUCGUUCAUUGUUAGGACAUGAAGGCGGUGUAUGGGCAAUACAAUUUAUAAAAAAGGAGAAUAAUCAUCAUAUAUUAGUCACUGGAGGCUGUGAUAGGGUGGCAAGAGUCUGGAACCUUACAACUGGCGAACUACUCUUUGUCUUGAGAGGUCACGUUUCCACCAUUCGCUGUCUUAAAGUACGUGACAAUAAAAUUGCUGUUACAGGAUCAAGAGAUACAACAUUGCGGAUUUGGGACAUAGAAACAGGCGAGUUAAGACAUGUAUGUAGCGGUCAUCAGAGCAGUGUGAGAUGUCUAGAUAUUUCUGGUAACAAAUUCGCUUCUGGGUCAUAUGAUACAACAGCAAGACUUUGGGAUAUUGACACGGGUGAAUGUCUACAUGAAUUUAUUGGCCAUCAUUCUCAGAUAUACGCUAUUGCCUAUAAUGGUAAUAAAGUAGUUACUGGUUCACUCGAUUCAAAUAUCAGAAUUUGGUGCCCUCAAACAGGCGAUUGCUUGGCGACAUUACAAGGACACACCUCUCUUGUGGGUCAUUUACAAUUGUCAAACAAUUUACUUGUUAGCGGUGGAUCUGAUGGUUGUCUUCGAGUUUGGGAUAUGGAAACAUAUGAAUGUAAACAUAGAAUUUCUGCUCAUGAUAAUUCUGUCACUUGUAUUCAAUGUGAUGAUAAGCGUAUCGUGAGCGGUGGUUCUGAUGGUAAAGUGAAGCUAUGGAAUAUUGAAACAGGUACACUUAUCCGAUCGUUUACCGCAGCUGCUCGUACUGUAUGGAAGAUUCAGUUAAAUGACACAAAAGCUGUAGUUAUUUUGCAAAGAGAUCAGCAAGUUCUAGAAAAUACUCAUACUGCAUCACAUCAUACGGUUAUAGAAUUACAUGAUUUUGAUAAUAUAGAUUCCUUUUAAAUAUACGUGUAAAUAUAACAAUAUUCCCCAAAGCACUCGCCCCACACUAUUGCUGGUUUGAUCCUCACAGCAUACCAUUUCUCUCGUCUUCAUUAUACUAAUCCU